UUUACAUUUCUCCCAUUGUGACGUCGGCGGGCUUCGCCGCGUUCCAUUCACUGAGAGAGAGAGAAGGCAAGAAUGGGGCCCGCCGUUAGGUGGCGGGGGGAGAGGAAGCGAUAAGGCAAAGAGAGAAAGAAAGCAGAGAACAGGAGGAGGAGGCGGCGGCGGCGGCGGCGGCGGAGGGUGGGGCGAGGUAGUAAAAGGGGUCCGCCUACGCACGCACCUCGGGGAGCGAGCGGGCAAGCAGCACCAGCCGCGGCGGUAGGCAGCGGCAGUGUUAUUAAUGACUGUGCUGGAACAGCUGGUGCUGUGCUUAAGCCCAGGCGAGAUGCACCACUAGGGCCGCCGUGGCCCUCCCUGGGCAAGACAGGAGGGAGCCUGCGUGGCGCCGGCGGCCAUGGUGGAGCUGCGGGAGAUGGACUGCAGCGUGCUCCAGCGCCUCAUGCACCGCGACGACGCCAGCAGCAGCAGCAGCUACAGCCCGGGCGGCUCGGUCUCCGCGACUCUGGCCAGCCACGCCGGCGGGAAGUGCCUCCUCCUGGACUGCAGGCCCUUCUUGGCCCACAGCGCCGGCUACAUCCGCGGCGCGCUCAACGUGCGCUGCAACACCAUCGUCCGGCGCCGGGCGAAGGGUUCCGUCAGCCUGGAGCAGAUCUUGCCGGCCGAGGAGGAGGUGCGCUCGCGGCUUCGCUCCGGCCUGUACGCGGCUGUGGUGGUGUACGACGAGCGGAGCCUGCGGGCCGAGUCGCUGCGGGAGGACAGCACCGUGUCGCUGGUGGUGCGGGCGCUGCGCAGGCACACGGAGCACACCGACAUCUGCCUGCUGAAAGGUGGCUAUGAGAGGUUCCAUUCCGAAUACCCAGAAUUCUGCUCAAGGACCAAGUCUCCGACUCCUGCAUCUCCACUGGCCACCGUGGAGCAUCUUGAGCAUGGCUGCAGCUCCUGUGGAACCCCACAGCAUGACCAGGGUGGCCCAGUGGAAAUCCUUCCUUUCCUCUUCCUCGGCAGUGCGCAUCAUGCGGCAAGGAGAGACAUGCUGGACGCGCUGGGGAUCACAGCCUUGUUAAACGUUUCAUCGGAUUGCCCAAACCACUUUGAAGGACACUUUCAGUAUAAAUGCAUACCUGUGGAAGAUAACCACAAAACAGAUAUCAGCUCCUGGUUCAUGGAAGCAAUUGAAUAUAUAGACUCUGUGAAGGCGUACCAUGGCCGGGUCCUGGUGCACUGCCAGGCUGGCAUCUCACGGUCAGCUACCAUCUGCUUGGCCUACUUGAUCAUGAAGAAGCGAGUGAAGCUCGAAGAGGCCUUUGAGUUUGUCAAGCAACGCCGGAGCAUCAUCUCGCCCAACUUCAGCUUCAUGGGACAACUGCUCCAGUUUGAGUCCCAGGUCCUGGCGACGUCGUGUGCUGCGGAGGCUGCCAGCCCCUCGGGGAGCCUGAGGGAAAGGGGGAAGAGCUCCUCCACCCCGACAUCACAGUUUGUCUUCAGUUUCCCAGUCUCGGUGGCAGUGCACACCACUCCUGGCAGCCUCCCUUACCUGCAUAGCCCCAUUACCACUUCUCCCACUUGCUAGAGGAGGCAGCCACUGCGGGGUGCACCAGGAGAGAACGCAGGACAGAAUCUUGCAGUCCCAUUGGCUGCAACUGACUGCAAUAAAAUAUUCUGCCCAUGCAACAGCCGAUCGCAAUCCACCCGAAGAAAGAGCAAUAAUGGCUGAGACCGCAGCUGGAACAGAACCCGUGGGAGAUGUGGGGAGGAGGUUCUGGUGGGUCUUUCCUUGGCAGGAUGUCUUACCUCAUUUUUUAAAUAUAUAUAUAUAUAUAUAAGCUUGAAGUUGAAAAUCCUAAUGUUUGGGUGUGUGUGUGGGGAAGAGAGAGUGAAUAAAAGGCAGAAAGAUAAGA